AUGGGAAAGAAGGGAGGAUCCCCGAAAAAAUCUAAGAAGCAGCUAGAGGAGGAAGCUCUGAGGGCCAGAGAGGAGGCUAGGAGAGAGGCUGAAGCUGGUAAGAUACGGCAGAUGUCCGCUCGGCUGACUGCCGAUGCUGAGGCUAGGAUAGGUCUCGAUCGAGAGAGGGAGAAGGGCAAGGAGGAAAAAAUUCGGCUCGAGCUCGAGUCGGGCGAAGUAGAAUAUGGUAAGAGUCAGCGAUGGGCUAUAGUGAGCAAGAUGAAGCAACAAGAGCGAGAGAAGAGAGAAUGGGAGGAGUUUGCUGCCUGCACUCGAAGGCCCAACAUUCGGCGGGAAGCGGACAUCGUCACGUAUGAGCAGUGGCUUGAAGACGACGCUGAAGAGGCUAGGCUCUACUCUGUAUCGUGUAGUACGCCCUUCACAGCAGUCCACCUCGAGCCAGCCGCUGCCGAGACUUCCGUCCAGGCCGUCCUGGCUGAUUUCCAUCGCUGCAGCGUCGAGAGGGCCUUGGCCGUCGGCCACUUCACCGAAUUCCUCGUGGCAGACCUCUUCCAAGGGUACCUCCGAGCGCUGGCGGACGCCGACACUAGGAUGAUGAUUCGGUCUUUGGACCAUAUUGAGAGGAUCAGGACCACCGCUUUGGCUCGGCACCUGGACUACGCCACUGGGCAUUUGAUUCAGUUCGCGGAUGAGAUAGAGGCCAUCAACGUCGAUGAGGUUCAAGGUACUUGGGGGCAGGUCCAAGAUGACGUGUUUGUCGCUUUUUGGGCGUUCCUUCGGCCGGAAGGAUUCGAAGGGAAGCAAAUAGAGCUGCCCAAGUUCAAGAUGGUAUUCCUCUCUGUAGCAGCCCCACUGGGCAUCCUUGGUCAGAUCAUCGAACUCCCCAAAACGGUGUCUCUGGGCAAUAAGGGCCACGGAAUCGGGGUCCGAUGGCUGGUCCGACUGGUAUACACUCGUUACGACUCCAGCUGCUGCUUCGCUGAUGCUGUGUUGAAGUCAUUACAGUCUGGCAAUGGGGAUGGUGGUAUUCCUACGUCCUCUGAGGAAGAUACGGCAGAGGCCCAGUCUUGUGAUAAGGGAUGGCUCCGGCGGGACUACCUUGGCCGGCAGCCGACAGACCCUGGGUUCGGCAGAGAAAGUCCUCCACCACGCUAUACCAUUGGAGGCGUGGUCCACAUCGACGUCGUGUCGGUCCCACAGCUGCGAUCGAGAGAAAACGGCUGGCUGAUACGGAGGCUGCCACCAGAUGAUGGACCUAACUACACUAGGCUACCUUUCCCGUCUUCUAUGAGCACAAGGGUGGCAGAUCUUGGGAGCUGCAAAGUUGAGUAUCGCCUCCCCGAGGGAAUCGUCGUUGAUAAGCCGCAAGUUACUUGGAGGGAUAUGGCAAGUCAGAGCUGGUCUGAUAGAGGAAUUGGAGAGGUUCAGUGGGAGUCUUCGACGAGGAAAGUCACAUUUUCCGCGACACUCUUGGGGGCCUUCGCUGUCACUGUCUCUCGAUUCGACCAAUUUCCCUAUCGCCAAUGGCGAAUCUCCAUCCUCCCGGCACUGAAGGGGUCGGCGGUCCAUAGAUGCUGGUUGACAGUGGUCACGGCCGUGGGGCUGCAUGUAAAAUUCGAGCUUGGUCCAGCAGGAGUUCACUUGGUCAGUCCCGAGAGGGAUGAGCUGCGGCAGCUGAGAGUUGAUGGGGAAGGACAGGGCAUCUUCUGGUCGCCAGCCGUGCUACUGACAAGACUGAGGGACGCUGGUAUCAAUUUACUGCCAGUGGAUGAGGACGCCCAGUGGUUAAAGAAGCCAAGGGAAGUGAAAGAUGCGUCUGUUGAGCUCAUGACUUGCAAUGAAAUCGCUGAGGUGGUGGCGAUGUAUGAUAUAGCUGGGUCGAGGCGCAACAAUGCCCCCGAAUGUGGGAAGGAGCGUAUAGUGUUCCGGGCUAGGCCCAACUCUACCGGCGCUGGGCUCGAUGAUGGUGAUAAUGAGCAGCAGAAGGAAUACAAAUCGAUCAUGGCGUGGUCCAAUAAGUAUGCUGUCAUCUCGGCCACAGAGGAGUCGGACUUCGACGAACCAUUGGAAGCCCUGACUCACUACAGUGCCAGCAUUGCCCUCACUGGCUCUACGGAGUCCCUCGCCACUGACGCUGACACCGCCCAGUGA